AUGAAACGGGUAUUUCGGAGAGUGGCCAGCAAAUAUUCGAGUACAUUUUUCAAAAUCAUCUCGAUUUUGACCCUAUUAUGCUUGAUUCUCUAUUUGAAAUCAGCUGAUUCGUCGAUUGUUGUUGAACAGGUUUGUUUUAAAAUGUUUUUCAAGGCUUUUUGAAAUUCAAAUUUUCCAGCCUCGUAAAGCGAAAUUCAGCGACUAUGACGAAUUUAUAAUAAAUCGAGCAAAACGAACAAAUGAUAGUUUUAUUGCGGCAGUUCUUGUGAUAUGUGCAACAAGAGCAGAUGCAUUGAAAAAUCACCUGACACAAUUGUUGAGGUAAUUUAUGGGAAGAAGUGGGUGGUAUACUGUAGAACUUUGUGGAUCAGAUCAAAAAUAUGUUUCCUUGCUUCUCUUGAAUAUCUUUUGCUUGCAAGAAUUUUUGGGCAUUUUUCAGAACUUGAAAAAAUUUCUUUCAAAAAACGCAGAUGCUUUGAUUUUUGAUGUUCCAACUUCAGUUUCGUUAAAAUAUAUAUAUGAAAAUCCAAUUAUCGAACGUGCUUUUUGAAUUAAAAAAAAUCCAAUAAAAGCUAUGACAAUUUUAUGCUCUCAUGAUUUCCAAAAACUUUAUGUUAUUGAAUUAUUCAUGAGCGAGGAAAGUAUGCAGAUGACGUGGGAUAUGAAAAAUAAAAAAACAGAAGCCAAAAAAAACAACGAUCGCAUCAAAUUUCAGCCAACGACCAUCACCAAACCAAUAUCACGUCAUAAUUUCGCAAGAUGGAAAUACUGACGCAGUUCAACAAACAGCCAUCAGUUUUGUCAAUGAUUUUCGAAAUGUCACUUUUAUGCAGGUUUCUUUCAAUUUUUUGUAUUCAAAAUGUACAUAUAUUUUUAUAGCAUGAGAGAAUUGCCACAAAAAAGCGGGACAAUUAUCCGGCAAUUUCGGCGCAUUACAAAUGGGCACUCGAUAAAUUGUUUUUCGAGAAAAAAUACGAUCAUGUUAUAAUUACGGAAGGUAGGGGCCCCUACUAGGGGGGAGAUUUUUUACGUGAAUCAAAAUUUUGAACAAUCAUUUUUCAGACGAUCUCGAUAUAGGAAACGACUUUUUCUCAUUUUUCGAAUGGGGAAAACGAAUUCUCCUGCUCGACAAAACAAUUUGGUGCAUCUCUGCUUGGAACGAUAAUGGUGCUCCGAACCUAAUCGAUAAUUCAAAAGGCGAUUUAGUUUGGCGAACCGAUUUUUUCCCAGGAUUAGGCUGGAUGUUGACAAAAGAGAUUUGGGCUGAAUUGUCUGAACAAUUCCCGAUAAGCUAUUGGGAUGAUUGGAUGAGAAAACCAGAGGUUCGCAAGAAUCGCUCAUGUAUUCGACCAGAGAUUAGUCGGACUUCGCAUAAUAUGCGACUAGCUGGGAAAGGGUCGAGCGGGUGAGUUUUGGGAAAUUUUUUGAUGCUUUUUUUAUUGUAUACAUUUUAUAGCGAUCUAUAAAUGUUUUGGAGGAAUAUUAAAUAAAAAAAAAUUAUUUUUUUUAAUAUGUUUUUUUAUGCGUUCUUACAAAAGCUUUGGGAAAGAAUUUUAGAAAUUUAAGAUUUUCUGAGAUCACAUUCAAUAUCCCAUAUUUUUGCAGCGGAAUGUUCAAAGACUUUUUGAGCAAAAUCGGCGCUUCCAAAUCCAACACUGAUUUUUCAUUGCUCCCAGCUUCCAUCGUCGAAAAAUCCAAUUAUAACAAACAUCUCAUAAAAGAUAUCAAAAACUCGAAAGCCGUUGAUAUUAGCAAUGCAUCAAAUUCUAUUAAUUCAUCUCAUACAUACAAGUCAGUUUUUUUAUAUUUCUUGCAUUUCUAAUCUCUCAUGUUUUUGCAGAAUUUCUUAUAAGAAUGUUCGUGAGUGGAAUAAUUUGGCGAAAUUCUUCAAAAUUAUGACAGAUAUUCGGGUAUGUACAUACAAACAUACUUCCAGAAAUUCCAACAAAAAAAAGUAAUUUCAGGGCGGAAUGCAAAGGACUGCUUAUUAUGGCGUUGUCACGGUGAUUUACCAGGAGACUCGUGUUUAUUUGGUGCCGGCUUCCACUUUUGAAAAUCCGGAUAAUCUAACGGAAUAUAAAUAUGAUGCAGAUUGGGAUAAACAAAAUCGUUUCAUCGAGUUUGAGAAUCAUUAUUGUAAAACAAAAAAGUUAGUGGAAUUUGGGGACCAGAAACCAGGAGAUUUUUUGCCCAAAAAUUGAGCCAAAAGUUGAGAAUUGUCGAAAUUUCGUGGUUUUGAGAGACCAUAACUCAUGUUAGAAAUUAUUUUUAUAAAACACUGAAUGUGUCACGUUGUUCAGGAGGUUCGAUUUAGCAAAAUCACAAUUUUUCCUCGUGAGAGUGGCUCUCCAAAAAUAUAUGUAUAGAAAAAAAACUUUAAAAAAUUUCAGAUCGAAAUUAAUUCUCAUUUUUUUCCAGAUAUAUUGGAAAAUGCGAUCCACACGACCCGGCAAUGAUUGCAUUUUUCACCAAAAAGGGAUGGAAAAAACGAUUGUCAGAUUGGGGAGAAAUGAUUGUUGUUUAG